AUGGUUACACGGAGCAGCGGCCGGCGCGACCUGACAGCAGCAGCCAUGGAAGUGGACAGGAGGGAGGAAGGAGGAGGAGAGAGGCAGGGGAGGCGGUGAUGUGCUCCAGCUGCCUCCCUGCUGGGGGAACGGCUGCAGAUCUCGUCACCUCGCCCAGGGAUCUGUGCACCGGAGGAGGCUAGGGGGCAUUCUUCUCCCCGGGCAGGCUCCAGGGCUCCUGCAAUGUCCGAGGCGGCUGCAGACGGAGGCUCGGUGGUGGGCAGUGCGGCACCCCAAGGUUCUCCGGCCGUUGUGGUAGCGGCGGCAGCAGCGGCUACGGUUGCAGCCGGAGGAGCAGCCCGGGGAGCGGAGAGUCCAGUAUUGGGAGGUGCUGGAGCUGUACCGCUAAGAAUCGCCGCCAAGAAGGGGCAGCACCGCUCAGCUCCACGGGCCAAGAAACUGGAGAAACUCGGAGUGUACUCCGCCUGUAAGGCUGAUGAAACAUGUAAAUGCAAUGGAUGGAAGAAUCCCAACCCCCCACCCACACCACCCAGAAUGGAUUUUCAGCAGACAGUUGUGAGCCUCACUGAGCCAUGUCGUAGUUGUUCUCACACACUUGCUUCACAUGUUUCCCAGUUAGAGAAUGUAUCGGAAGAGGAAAUUAAUAGACUCCUGGGGAUUGCACUGGAUGUGGAAUACUUGUUCACUUGUGUACACAAGGAAGAAGACGCUGAUACCAAACAAGUCUAUUUCUAUCUCUUUAAGCUUUUAAGAAAAUGUAUUCUGCAAAUGGGGAAACCAGUGGUGGAAGGAUCUCUGGAAAGUCCGCCAUUCGAGAAGCCCAGCAUUGAACAGGGUGUAAACAAUUUUGUACAGUAUAAAUUUAGCCAUCUACCUGCAAAAGAACGACAAACUAUUAUAGAGUUGGCAAAAAUGUUUCUAAAUCAUAUCAACUACUGGCAUCUAGAAACUCCUUCCCAACAAAGGCAGAAAUCCCCUGCUGAAGACAUUGCUGCCUACAAAGUCAAUUAUACAAGGUGGCUCUGUUUCUGCAAUGUCCCGCAGUUCUGCGACAGCCUGCACCGAUAUGAGACCACGCAGGUGUUCGGACGUACGUUGCUGCGUUCAGUCUUCACGGUUAUGAGACGGCAGCUGUUGGAGCAGGCCAGGCAGGAGAAAGAUAAACUUCCACAGGAGAAGAGAACUCUAAUAUUGACCCAUUUUCCAAAGUUCUUGUCGAUGCUGGAAGAAGAGGUUUACAGCCAUGAUUCACCUAUAUGGAAUGAAGAUUUUUUAACUACAUCUUCUCGAUCAAAUGAGCUUGUUAUUCCAACAGUUAUCACAAAUCCACCAGUUGCAAGGGCACUUACUUAUGUGACCAGCCCGUCAUCCCUAGACCAGUCCAACAGCGGAAAUUUGAGUCCAUCUAGUAAACCAGCACUGGAAUCAACUCCAGGUGACAAAAGGAAAACCAGUGAACCAUAUCCUGGAGAAGACGCCAAGAAACCAAAAGUUGUAGGAGACAUUCCUAUUGAAUUAAUCAAUGAGGUCAUGUCAACAAUCACAGAUCCUGCUGCCAUGCUGGGCUCAGAGACCAGCUUCUUAUCUGCUAUUUCUGCCAGAGAUGAGGCAGCCAGACUGGAGGAACGCAGGGGAGUAAUUGAGUUCCAUGUGAUUGGGAAUUCUCUACACCAGAAACCAAACAAGAGGAUCAUGAUCUGGCUCAUUGGCUUACAAAAUGUCUUCUCACAUCAGCUACCUAGGAUGCCUAAAGAGUAUAUCACCCGCCUUGUCUUUGAUCCAAAACACAAAACACUUGCUUUAAUCAAAGAUGGACGUGUCAUUGGGGGAAUCUGCUUUCGAAUGUUUCCGAUUCAAGGAUUUACAGAAAUCGUUUUCUGUGCGGUGACAUCAAAUGAACAAGUAAAGGGCUAUGGGACUCAUUUAAUGAACCAUUUGAAGGAGUAUCACAUCAAGCAUAAUGUACUCAAUUUCCUUACUUAUGCCGAUGAAUAUGCAAUAGGCUAUUUCAAGAAACAGGGCUUUUCUAAAGAUAUUAAAGUACCUAAAGCAAGGUAUGUUGGAUACAUUAAGGACUAUGAAGGAGCCACUUUAAUGGGAUGCGAGUUAAAUCCCAGAAUUCCAUACACUGAAUUCUCUGUCAUCAUUAAGAAACAGAAAGAGAUUAUCAAAAAAAUGAUUGAAAGGAAACAAGCACAGAUAAGGAAGGUGUACCCCGGCUUGUCCUGCUUCAAAGAAGGGGUGCGACAAAUACCGAUUGAAAGUAUCCCUGGAAUCCGAGAGACGGGAUGGAAGCCAAGCAUAAAAGAUAGAAGUAAAGAGCCAAAAGAUGCAGAUCAGCUGUAUAAUACACUGAAAAAUAUUCUGCAGCAGGUGAAGAGUCAUCAAAGUGCAUGGCCUUUCAUGGAGCCUGUGAAAAGAACCGAGGCACCAGGAUACUAUGAAGUCAUAAGGUUCCCCAUGGAUCUGAAAACCAUGAGUGAACGUGUGAAGAACAGAUAUUAUGUGACAAAGAAGCUAUUCAUGGCCGAUCUACAAAGAAUCUUCACAAACUGCAGGGAGUACAACCCACCGGAGAGCGAAUACUUUAAAUGCGCAAAUAUCCUGGAGAAAUUCUUCUACACUAAAAUUAAAGAAGCCGGACUGAUUGACAAAUGAGUCGGGACUUUCAGUGUUCCAUUAACGUGCCUGAUAUUAUUGGCUUGCCUACUGUUUUGCGCAUCACACUUUUUUGCACUCAAUCUAAAUCCUACUAACUCUAAUAAUAUUGCUGGCUUUUAGCAAGCUUUCUUUUGUUGGUUAUGAUUUUGUAUAGAUUUUAUUAGAAAAAGGUGCUUUAUAGCCUUUAGAGUAUAUAAUAUUGGUAUGAGAUGUUUUGUAUAUUUAGAAUUGUUUUGUAUAAUGAGAUUUAUCAACCACAUUUAUUCAACCACUAAUAUUACAGAAUGGCUUACUGUAGAUUAUAGAUUUCUUAUGCCGGCCAUAAGUUAAAACAUAAUCUGGUAUAACUACAGGUGAAAAAAACUCAAAAACUUUAGUUAUAUUUUUAGGCAGAAAGUGGAUGUUAAACUACAAUAUUAGGCAAUCGUCAUACUUAGUAACUCCCUUAUAUAAAUAUACUAAUAUUUUUAUUGAUCCCAGAAUUGCUCUCUUUUCAAAUGGGAAUUAUUGGGUAAUUACUAUGAAAGGAAUUUGACACCUGCAAUAUGCAAGCAGCAUGUACAGCAAACAGAAUUCUGUCAAUGUAGUGCCUGUCUCAAUAUGGCGACAGCCUGUAUUUUCACUGCCUAUAAGAUGCUGUAUAUGACCCCUGUAACCUGUGUAUGAAUUUUCUGCUGACCUAUGAGUUUAUUACUUUGGAGAAGGAAGCGAGUCACUUUAUAAUAGUAUGUUGAAGAACUGCUGAUUAUGCAGUUUUGUGUUUGUGUUUAUUUUACCUGCUUAUUUUUUCCUAGGGGUUUUGCUAGGGAUG